AUGCGGUACACUGGAAUUCCCUUCUUUUGCGCCUUGGCACUAUCUAUUCCUUCCGUAUCCGCUGAGAUUGGACUGUUGAAUGAUGGAAAGGUCACGCUUGGUAAGAAAUGGGAAGCUGCGUAUGAAAGCUCCAAGAAUCUGGUCGCGGGUCUUUCGAAUAAGGAGAAGGUUGAUUUGAUCACCGGAGGCAAUUGUGAACACGUAGUCGUGUAUGGUGGCCUCCUUGGCCAAAACUCCGGCUACAGCAUCACAGACGUUUUAUACGGCGAUGUUAACCCGUCUGGACGUCUCAUCCACACCAUCGCCGAGAAAGACAGCCAGUACCCCGUCAAGAUCUGUUACACGGCGGAGUGCAAUUUCACCGAAGGUAAUUACUUCGACUACCGUCACUUCGACAAGUAUAAUAUCACUCCCCGUUAUGAAUUUGGUUAUGGCUUGCCCUACACCACAAUCGACUACUCCGAUAUCCACGUCGAGCAGUUGCAGCAGUUGAACCAGACUCACGCCGUUGGCAAUCUGUCCGUCGGAUGCCGUGCCGACCUCUGGGAGGACGUUGUCCGUGUGACUGCGAACAUCACCAACUCAGGAGACCUGGCUGGUCAUGAGGUUCCGCAACUGUAUGUUUCUUACCCGGAUGCUGCCGACCAACCUGUACGUUUGCUGCGUGGGUUUGAAAGGGUUUUCCUCAAGGCCGGAGAGUCGUCGAGUGUCAGCUUUGACCUAAGACGCCGAGACUUGUCGCACUGGGAUGUUGUCGCUCAGGAGUGGGCUGUGGCUCCUGGGGAAAUACAACUUCACCGUUGGAGCUUCUUCUCGUGA